AAGGCUCACACUUGGUUUCUUCCCACCACCAUCUCACCUACCAGCACAAGAUCACACAUCAUGGAGCAACUCGCCGACAAGAUCGCACUCGUCACAGGCGGCGGCUCAGGCAUCAACCUCGCCUUCGUCAAGCUCCUGCACAACGCCGGCGUCAAGGUGCUCAUCGCAGACAUCGGCCUCCACGCCGACGCUAAGAAAUGGUUGGCAACUCUCGAGUCUGAUAAGCCCAUUUUCCAACAAACAGACGUGACGGACUGGAAACAAUUGGAACGCGCAUUCACCGUAUGCCGCGAAACGUUCGGUGAUGUUCCAGAUAUUGUUGUUCCCGGUGCGGGAAUAUACGAGCCCAACACGAAUACGUUCUGGGACGACGUCGACAGCGAUGAAGGCUCGCGGUAUAAAGUCCUCGAUGUGAACCUGGUGCAUCCUAUUAAAGCUUCACGGCUGGCGAUCCGGAAUAUGGUGGAAGCGGGGAAAGGUGGUGCGAUUGUACAUACGAGUAGUAUUGCGGCGCAACGGUCGAGUAUUGUUACGCCGUUGUAUACUGCUUCAAAACAUGGGAUCUCCAGUUUUGUACGAGGGAUGGCGCCUUUGCAGGAAUUAAGUGGGAUUAGGGUCGUUGGGGUGGCGCCUGGGGUCGUUGGGUCACCGCUGUACACGGAUCAUCCUGAGACUAUGAAAUUCUUGGACUUGAGUAAGGACUUUCUCCUACCGCCAGAGGAGAUUGCGAAGGCUAUGUUUGCGCUACUCACGGACGCGAGGUACAAGGCUGGGACAAUCCUGGAGGUCUGUGAUAUUGGGAACUGGAGGGAGGUAGAAUUGUUGAAUGAUUCUGGGCCAAGAGGUCCUGCGAGUACUACGAGUAACAAGGCUGAGGCGAUUAAGGGAGUUUUGCCUCAUUUGUCCAAGGAUGGAAAGUAUGAUGGGUCGAAGAAAGUGGCGACGGACUGAAUAGACAUUCCCAGAUGUUAGUAUGAUCAAUGAAACGUCUUGUUGGUCGCAACACUAUGCUU